UCGACGAUAUUAAACAUCGCUAGAAGACUUUUUAAAAAUCACAGAGGGGUAAAAACCAGUUUGAAAUAUGCGUAAAAUAGAAAAUGGGUACUGUACGGAGUAUCAGCCAUUACUUAAAGACCCCAAAGAACCAGAUGAAACACUUCAAAUAAAGGUUCCCAGUAAGACACUUCUCAUGGCAGUAGCAGCUGCAUGUAUUGGAGGAACCUUUCAGUAUGGAUACAACAUAUCUAUUAUAAAUGCUCCUACUAAGGCUGUGCAGGUUUUUAUUAAUCAGACCUGGCUGGACCGCUACAACACCCACAUUUCUGCACAGCUACUCAUGCUCCUCUGGUCCUCCAUUGUGUCCGGGUUCACCAUCGGUGGUCUAGUAGGCUCUAGUGUGGGUGGUAUGCUGGCCAUUAGAUUUGGAAGAAAAGGGGCUCUGUUAGUUAACAACACCUUUGCUCUGCUGGCUGCUCUGCUGAUGGGGUUGAGCUAUUUUGCUGGAGCCUUUGAGCUGCUUAUCAUCGGACGCUUUCUGUCAGGUGUAAAUGCAGGUGUUGGAAUCUGUGUGCAGCCACUUUACCUGGGAGAGGUAGCACCCAGACCUCUGCGUGGUGCCAUGGGGAUGAGCACUUCCAUUUUUCUUACGGGGGGAAUUCUCAUGGGACAAUUGAUUGGACUGAAAGAGCUGCUAGGCAGGGAUGAGUACUGGCCAGUCCUCCUCUCCAGCACCUGUGUUCCUGCCCUGCUGCAGCUUGUCCUCCUGCCCUGGUUCCCAGAGAGCCCACGCUAUCUGCUCAUUGACCGUGCCAAUGACCUCGCCUGCAACCUGGCCCUUAAGCAGCUUCAUGGUGAACAAGACUACCACAGAGAGAGAGAGGAUAUAGAGAAAGAAAGGCUCAGUGCCUCAGGGAUUAGACCCAAGAAGCCGUGGGAGAUGUUUACUGACCGAAGCGUCCGCUGGCAACUCCUCACUGUCAUCGUCAUCAACAUGGCACAGCAAUUAAAUGGCAUCAACGCUAUUUAUUUCUACACAGGCUAUGUGUUCACCCAGGCUGGAAUUCCAGCUGACCAGAUUCCAUAUGCUACCGUGGGAACUGGAGCAUGUGAAUGUAUCACGGCACUUAUUUGUUGUGGGCUAAUCGAGAUGCUGGGUAGGCGUGCACUUAUAAUCGGAGGAUACUUCCUCAUGGCCCUGUGUUGCAUCUGCUUUACUGUGACCCUCACCUUCCAGGAUUCUAGUUCCUGGAUGCCCUAUCUCAGCAUGGUGUGUGUUUUUGCCUUCAUCCUCAGCUUUGGCCUAGGACCAGGUGGUGUAACUAAUGCUUUGAUCACAGAGCUGUUCACCCAGAUGACUCGACCUGCUGCGUAUAUGAUUGCCGGAUCAGUGAAUUGGCUCAGUUUCUUUUUCAUAGGGAUGGUGUUCCCCUUCAUAGUGAAUGGACUUACACAGUACUGCUUCCUUGUGUUUCUGGUUGUCUGCUGCCUUGUGGCAACAUUCAUCUUCUUUGUUGUUCCCGAAACCAAAAACAAGACAUUUCUUGAAAUCGAGGCCGAGUUCCUUUCUAGAGACAGGAAGGGGACUGUUGCUAGCAGCACAGAUGGUUUUGUGAUCUCCACAUCGUUUUAACCCACAGUCAUGUUCAUCUUCAGUCAGGUCCAUCUUCCUGUAGCCCUUAAGUGCUUAUUCUGACUUGUGUAGAACAAAACUGACUGAUUCCCGGAUGUUCAUUGUUCCAGUAUCCAUCAAAGUAACCAUAAACAACAAAAUAUUUGUGACAGCUAGUGCUGUUUAUCACCAAGGUGCUAUUUGGCACAUACCAUAUUAUGGUGUGGACCUCUUUGUUUUACCCUAAAACCCAACAAUGUAACGAUGACACAUGAUGAGGACGUGGGUUGCCGAGGAAAUUCUCCAUGAAAAAAAAUGUAUUUAUUAAACAACAGGAACAAAACCAAAACAAAACACAAAGAACAAGAACAAACACUAAACCAAACUGAUGACAACACACAGACUUAAAUGCACACCUUAACAAAGGCUGUGACAAGCAACAGGUGAAACAGAUGAGUAACUAACUAGACAGGGCAUGGUAAUGAGGGAACACACAACCACCCACGCAUAUACAGUCAAUCACCAACAGGACAUCACGCUGAAAUGGGGAGAAGUCUAGGAGGAGGGGGCUGUGCCGAACCACCAACACAGAGCUCAUGCUUGUGGCAAUUUUACCAGCCUGGAUGUCAUCUCAGACAAAGCAGAAUGAACACAUUAUGAAUAAUAAUGAAGAGACAAUUAAUAUGUUUUCAAAUCAAUUUUAAAAUUCUAUUAAAAAUGAAGGUUCUCAUUCUGUUUUUGUAAGCCCAAAAACUUCGUGGUCAUCAUGUAACAUACAAAUAAAUGCACUCUACCUUCUUUUACAACAUGACAAAAAUCAUUCUUGUCAAUCCUAUAAUAUGUUUACUAGGAUAAAUUGUGGUUAUAUCAUAUUGGUUGAUGCUUCAAAGGCUGAGAUAUUGUUACGGAUCAGAGGAAGCUUUCUUGAUGGUGGACUUGUGAGAGGAGAGGUAAAUGUAGUUUGCUGUGUGGGGGUGAGAAAUCAUCAUAGUGGGUGAGGUUUAGGCUGAGGGGAAACACCCAGAGUGAUUGUGCUGGGGAGGGUGGGGCUUACACAGCAUAGUGUUUUGUAGGACAAGAGCAGACUACUUGUAUGUGUGUUUUUAUUCCUUAAUUCUUCUGGGCGUUUGUAUAAAAUUGAAAAAUUAUAUUUGUGAAAUAAAUUACUUGGUUGCCUUCA